GCUUGGGCCUUUACCCACCACUAAUAAAACAGCUGAUUGUUAAGAAACAAAUCAAAAUUGAAACGUGAGGCUAGUUUAAGAAUAAACGCACACAUGUGAUAGAGGCCUUGAAUAUAGGCCAGGAAAAAGGCGGAACGACAGAGAAUUAUAUAAUCACCGGCUGAAAACACAUGAGUCCCUACAGCGGAUCUGUGCGUCGUCUGCUGGACAGUUGGCCCGGAAAGAAGCACUUCGGAAUCUACCGCUUUCUGCCUCUCUUCUUCUUGCUGGGUGCUGGCCUCGAAUUCUCUAUGAUCAAUUGGACAGUCGGCGAGACGAAUUUUUAUCGCACUUUUAAGCGUCGUCAAGCCAAGAACUACGUAGAGGAGCAGCAGAAUUUGCAGGCGAGGACCAAAAGCAGCGCUGACUAAACACAAUGCCCGCCGGAGUGUCCUGGGGCCA